CAGAUGUCACGCUGAGUUGAGACUUCUCAAGCUCUGAUUGGAUCGUCGACGUCGUUCUUCGCAUACAGAGCCGGACAAGAAAUCAGCUCCCUUGUGGUUUUUUGGGACCGGGGAAGAACCUUCGGUCUUUAAAUGUACCAGCAACCGCCUUCGCCCGCUGGCUCAGAGAGGAAGCAUGGUGGAUCAGCUCUUCUCAUCGUUGUGAAUUCCCUUCAACGUCCCACUUUGCGAGUCAAUUGCUCGGGAUCUUCGGGAAUGACAGAGGUUUUGAAGGUUUAUGGAAUCAGUUCGAAGAACGAACUCGUUGUUGUGGCCGAGUGAGGACGAGGAUCCGGACAAUUUUCAGACUGGUUCGUGUAAUUGUGGGGUGGGAAAGAUUUCCCUUUUCCAUCUGCAGGGAUCGCGCUUUUAAUUUUGAAAGAUGGGGAUCCGGCGAAUUUUGGUAGCAUGGGGUGUUCUGAUAUGUCUUGUUCGAAUAGCGGAAGGGGACGGAGGAGAUCUGCAGCAGCAGUUGAGCGAUGUCGAUCUUGGAAGGGUUGUGAAGAGAUUGGAGGAUGAGAAAUCCAGGGCAGGAGUUUCGUGGGUCGUACAACUGUCGGAUCUUCAUGUCAGCAAAUUUCACCCAGAACGUGUUGAGGCCCUUCGAAAAUUGAUGGGAACAAUUCUUGCCACAAUACAGCCUUCAUUGGUAUUGAUAACUGGAGACUUGACUGAUGCGAAGAGCAAAACUGGAACUUCUACUCAGCAAUAUGAAGAGGAGUGGAUAGCCUAUCGAGACUCAAUCGAUUUGAUGAUCAAGGAAAGUGGAUUGAACCUCGAACAAUUCUAUGAUCUUAGAGGCAAUCAUGAUAAGUAUGGGGUGCCUCUCGCCAAGAGCUCACUGGAUUUUUAUUCUCAAUACAGCUGCAACGCGAGGAUGAAGCGUACAAGCCUUGUGCAGAGCGUCACACUGAUAGGUCAUGAUGGUUGGAAGCACCUCUUUGUGGGAGUAGACGACAGCAUGAGCGUUGGCCUGAGGGGACCAUCAAACCUAUUUGGUCACCCCAGUGACAACACGAUUGCCAAACUAGAAAGAGAGCUCAGUCAAUGGGAUGAUGACACCACAACACCUGUUACUAAGGUCGUAUUUGGUCACUUCCCUACGUCUUUCACAGCAUCUUCAGAAAGCGGGCACCGUUCCGACCAGAUUAUGGCGAAGCACAAUGUCUCUGCCUAUAUCAAUGGGCACUUACACUGCAAAUUUGGGCGCCACCUUUACAAGCAUCAUAUGAAUGGGAUGAAGGGUGAAUUUUGGGAAUGGGAAAUGGGGGAUUGGCGCACUUCAAGAAUGAUGCGUAUCCUUGCCUUCGAUCACGAUCGUGUUUCUUUCGUCGAUUUGGAUCUGGGAGACUACAGCAAGAAGGUUCUAAGAGGAGAACGUUUUCAGAUGCCCACCGUCAUUCUCCCAACGAGUCCGCUGGAUUCUCGAUACAUGCUUCGGUCUUCAUCUUCACCCUUCCAAGCAGAUGGAGGGCCUGUUCGAGCUUUGGUAUUCUCCCCUUCACCUCCGUCAUCUGUCACAGUGAGAGUGUUUGACUCGGCAGCCAAGUCAGUUUCAAAUUUUGUUGACUACAGUCUGGUGGAGUCUUUGAAGAUGGUUAGGAUCAGUGGGCCUUCAGCUGAAGAGGACGGGGGCCCUUUCGUUUACGAGGCAGCUUGGGAGAGCCAGAAGUAUCUGGAUUCCUCUCCUACCCGAUUCUGGCUACAAAUCCAAGUGUUGGACUCCGAUAAAAAUUCCACUACAAGUGACAUGUGGCCUUUUUCGAUUCAAGGGAAGAUGGCUCCGUUCAAACUCACCUGGCUCGGAUUUCUGGUCAUGGGAUUCCAGUGGGAAUCAUUCUAUCCUGUGGUUCUUUGGAUAAUGGUUUGUGUCGUUUUGGGGUGCCUUUUGCUCAUACCACAACUAGCAUACAUAUACCUCGAAAAGCAGGGCAAGUACGAUCGUUGGGCACUCUCAAUCUUCAACCCAUCAGCAACCAGCAGUUUCCCGUACAUUAAACUGCCGGUUUGGGCUUUGCUAGAAGGUGCACGAAAUAGGCCUCUGUGGUUGGCACAAGUGGGUUACAUCGCAUUUUUGCUAGUGUUCCCCUGGUUUUGGGGACGGGUCCUUGCCGAAGACUACCCAGUAGGUUAUAUGACUCUUUGGGGCUGGACUGUUUGGCCUUCUAAGUCCACAGUUUUUCAUCAGUCCGGCGUUGGAUGGCCCGAUAUCAUGGGUAUUGUUCUGCCAUACAUCAGCUGCGUUCUUUUCCCCUUUGUCUUGAUGGUUUCAGCCCUUUGUGCUGAACAAGGAGCCUGUGAGCUCGUACUGGCGGUAAGUGAUGGUGAUAAGCUGCUGGGAAAGGACGAUGUCAGAACUGAUACCGGAAUGGGAGUAGGAGAGAACGUCAGCCGUCAUGCUACAAAAGCUGCACUUGCGGCCAAUGAGAAGGAUGACGAGAAGCCUCUUCUGUCGGAGAAAGAGGACACUGGAAGUCCUUCGGCAAGGCAUGGAUCCGACAUUUCAUCGGAGGAGGACGAAGAGGAGGUGGCCACUGACAAGCGAGAAAGCAAAGUUUUCAGUCGGAGAGUUCGAAAAAUUUACUUCGUUGGCUGCUUUGCAAUCGCCUUGCUGCAUUUGAGGCUCUGCUUGUUCAUGGCCUCGUCUUAUGGAGCUCAAGCGAUUUUUCUAUCACCAUUCUAUGUUUGGCCUGUUCCAAUUUUGAUAGUGCUCUCCAUUUAUAUGACAUCGGCCAUUAAGCCCAGAAAUCUAGUUGUAAAUCAGAUUUAGAUUGCAUUAUAGGCCCAAAGUUCAAGACAUAUGGGCUACUUUUUGUACAUAAAUCUGAAUGAAGAACACGUAGAGUUAGCGGAUUCAGAGUCUCAGGACUCUGUUUGACGGCCAUUUUUAUACAGGAUCUGGUGGCUGGUGGCUGGUGGCUGGUGGCUGGGUCCUUCAAAUUAGAGAAUACUUUGUAAGUUGAAGCUGAAGAUGAAAAGGAGCUAAUGUCCGGCGGCGGAAAAUCUUCUCUGGGUCCUAUUUGGACCAAAUAUGAUUCAUUCAUGUGUAAAUUGAGAAGCCGUUGAAGUAAAACUGUGACAAAUUGUCUAGAG